AUGCGGGCGGCGACCGCAUGGGGGCUCAUCAAGGAAAUUGGCCCCGAGACCUACCAAGCAACGCCCGCUUGUUUCGUUCUUGCUGCUCCUCCGUGUGCAGCCGGUCUUCGCGUUGGAGAGAAGACGCACAAAAUCCUCGACGCCCUCCCCGCCUACCUCAAGGAGACCAACUACCAGAACCCCGGUAGCGCGCGCAACGGCUUGUUCCAGUACGCCUUUGGAACAGACCAGGAAGCCUUUGAUUUCUUUUCCGGAGACAAAGAACACACGCAGGACUUCAACACAUUCAUGACGGUCCAGCGCACCCAGGGCCAGCAAUGGACAGAGCAAUUCAAUAUCGCUAGUCGAGUCCUCGACGGAGUCACAAUCGACCCGGCUGUCCCCCUCGUCGUCGACAUCGCCGGUGGCGUUGGUCAGGAUCUGACCCUUGUCAAGAACGCCCUGCCACCUAGGGUCACAACGACAGGCCAGCUUGUUUUGGAGGAUCUGCCUCAGGUCAUCAACAAUGUCCCCGCGGACUUGCAUGAUCCAGACUUCAACUACCUCGAACACGACAUGUUUACGCCCCAGCCAGUCAAGGGCGCAAGGAUAUACAUGGUCAAACAUGUUCUGCACAACUGGCCGGACAACGAGGCGCUCACAAUCCUCCGUAACAUCGCGACAGCCAUGACUCCAGGCUACUCAAAGCUGUGGAUCCAAGAUAGCGUGGUCCCCGACACUGGGGCAGACAAGAAGGUGGUCGCGCUGGAUAUUGCGAUGUUGGGAUUUCAUGGGGCACUGGAGCGUAACCGAGAGCAGUGGACCACGCUUUUGGGUGCGGCGGGGUUCAAGAUUAUUGAUCUCCCUGUGCUACCUGACGGGUACGGGCUCAUCGAGGCUGAGCUGGUUGCUUAG